UUUGUUGUAUCUGUUGGUGCAUCCUACUGAUAGAUGGCGAACACAGUGUGACUCUGGGUAAACACUCCCUGCCAUACCGUUAUAAUGGAGGAAAGAUCUUGUAUAUUAUUGAUAUUUAUAUUGGCCAUUUCAGUGGCAACAACGCUCGGCCGAUGUCCAGCGGGCUGGACGCAAGACAAUGACCGAUGCUACUACAUGACCACACCCAGGCAGAACUAUGCACAGUCCCUGCAGUACUGUGCACAAAACAAUGCAUCUCUGGUUUCCAUUAGCAGUGAGGCUGAAUGGAUUUUCGUGAAAUCCAUGUUAGGGUCCGUAAACAUCCAGUACUACACAUCACUGACUUAUAACGAGACCUCUAAAGCGUGGAUCUGGGAAGACGGGACUCCGUAUAAUGCAACAGCAACCCACUGGUACCGUAGCCGAGAGCCGACCCUCACAGCGACGUGCAUCCAGCGACGCUACUUCUGCACCUACAUGUACGGCUACGGGGCCUAUCGUGGUCAGCUCACUAUAACACCAUGUACAUCGUCAGUACCUACGAUUUGCGAAAGAUCAGCCGAUACGUAUGAUCUCUGUAAUGAAGCUGACGGCUGGAAGGAUAUUUAUGGGAAAUGUUACAAACUCUUCAACACUAAAAGCACCUGGCAUGACGCUAGGACAUCAUGCCAACAAAAUGGCGGGCUUUUACCAUCGCCCAGGAGUCUGGUAGAAGUGAUGCUGUUGGGAGAUAUGAUCGACUGUAGAACCAUCGACAACAAUGUCUGGACAGCAUUUACUGAUCAGUUCACUCCCGGCACCAUCAGAUCGGCGGACACCAACAACACAAUGACCUUCCAAGCCUGGGCUGCCCAGGGGAAUAUAGUACAGAUUGGACAUGAGUGUAUAGAGUCUGUGGCCCUAAACAACUUCUACUUCAACAGGCGGAGCUGCAUCAGUGAGAACAAAUAUAUCUGCAUCAAGCCAUAUGGGACGUGUCCGACGGGGUGGGUGACGUAUGGGGGCAAGUGUUACCAGGUGCACAACACCAGACAGAGCUCGACCACCUGGUACAUGGCCAAUGACAACUGCAAGAAGCAGGGAGUCCAGCUGCUCACCAUCAAGGACCAACAAACAAAUCUGUUGAUGACGAAAGCUCUCAGUGCUCUUCACAUACAUGAUGCCUGGCUGGGAUUCUCAGAUCGACUCCAGGACGGAAACUACACGUGGGAGGACGGCCUCUCCCUCAAUAUCUCCACCACCUACACCCACUGGUACAAAUCCUUCCCCAAACCAAUCCCGGGACGAACUGACUGCGGAUUUGUCGCAAAUCAUGGACAGGCAACAUGGUCCAAUGGCUACUGUUAUGCCAGCAAGUCCUACCUGUGUGAAAUGCCCAUCUCACAGAAGUAUGUCAACCAUACAGAAAUAGCCAACAACGUGACCUGCCCGUAUAAGUGGGUGUUGUUCCGUCAGGACUGCUACUUCCUCGGGCCCCACCUCAACUGGACCAUGGCGCAGAAUUUCUGUCAAGUCAAUGGUGGUUCCCUCACCACAAUUCGGGACCCCAUAGAGCAGUCUUUUCUCAUAGAAAAAAUGCUACAACAGGGUAAUGCAUGGAUAGGACUAAAACGGGAUCGACAGACUACCAACCAUGACUUCAUCUGGGUGGACAAUACACCGCUGACAUUCAACAACUUCGCCCCGGGAGAGCCCAACUCUCACGACCAGGUGGGCCAGGAGUGUGUCGACGCCCAGUACAUCCGGGCCUCCUUCCCCGGCAGCUGGCGAGACAACUGGUGCAAACAACAACACAACUUCAUCUGCCGGAGUCCUGCAAUGGGUGCCACAGCAAGUCCAGCCGCAGCAAACACAGUGCCCUGGUCCUACCGAUGUGGACCCAACUGGAUCAUCAGUGGCAUGGACAGCUCCUGCUACCAGGUGAUAGUCGGGGCCACCAAGAACUGGGUGGACGCCAGGGCCGACUGCCUCAGACGGGGGUCCGACCUGGUCAGCAUAGAUGGGCCAAAUGAACAAACUUUUCUGCAAGCCGUCUUGUCCUCUGGUGAGUAUGCCGCUGUCCAAGAGUGGUUCUGGAUCGGAGCCAAUGACAAGAACAGAGAGGGGGGGUGGGAGUGGAGCAACCAGGCGCCGUUCAGAUAUGUCAACUGGUACCCAGGUGAGCCCAACUCAAUGGGAGAGGAGGACUGCUCUCAGAUGGUCCCUAACUGGAGCUACCAGUGGAAUGACAAGAAGUGCUCAGCACUCAACAACUAUAUCUGUGAGAAAUCAGCGUCACCAGAAUCUACCAUAUCUCCACCUGUAACUCAGACCACUCCAGUGGGGAAAGAUCUUUGCCGGGCUGAGCCUAUGAUCUCGGGAAACUACAGUCUUCCUGUUGGGCAGGGGGCGCUUCAGGUCCAGUCAGCCAGAGACCCCAACCAUGGACCAGAGGCAUCAAGACUCAUCCCAGGAAACACAGGUGGAUGGUCAGCAUCCAUGUCUGCUCAAGGUCAGUGGAUCUCCGCCACCUUCUACAACAUCAUCAUCACCCGAGGGCUUCAGAUAGCUGGACGCAGCGACAUCGGCGAGUGGGUCACCAAGUUCAAGCUGCUGUAUCAGUAUGACUACUUCAGCCCCUGGUACACAUACCAAGACCCUCCAGGAGUUGAUAAGGUGUUCACAGGCUGCAUUGACAGCACCACAACGGUGGAGAUGUUCCUCAACUUCCCCAUAGAAGCGAAGUCCAUCAAGCUGAUGCCCACAGCGUGGAACAAGGGAAUAUCUCUCAAGUGGGAAAUUCUCGGAUGUAUUGAAGACGAUUGUUUUGCGGAGUAUGGAGUGAGUGGGCCACUGUUUGUCCAAGAUGGCGGCUUCACUGCCUCCAGUGUCCUUGACCCUAUACACAGUCCACACGAUUGUCGUCUGCAUGCUAACGGAGUACAUUAUUACCCAUCCUGCUGGAAGCCGACAUCAGCUGACGCAGGAAACUGGCUGGGGAUUGACCUUGGAUCUGUAAAGGUCAUACGAGGGGUCACCACGGAAGGCAAUCCCCGUGCCCUGGAGUGGGUCACCAAGUACAAGGUGAACUACCGAAUCGAAGAUGGGACGAACCGAUACUUCACCUAUCAGGAACCAUAUGGAACAGAUUAUAUUUUUACAGGGAAUACCAUCAACAAUGUGUCUGUGACGAACUUCAUGAAGUCUCACUUCCAAGCCCAACAUGUGCGCAUCAGCGUCAUCGACUUCCAUACUGCAAUAGCCCUCAGGGUCGACCUCUUUGUCUGCCCAAUCACAUGUAGGGAGAUUCCUCUCAUCAGUGGACCACAGAAGAUCGAUGACAGUCAGAUCACGGCCUCGUCUUCCCUCAACUCAGAACAUGGUCCUCAACGGUCCCGCCUCAACCAGCCAGCCCAGGGCGACUACAUCGGGGCGUGGGAGGCGGAGUACAAUGACAAGAACCAGUAUAUACAGGUUGACCUGGGACGUGUCGUGGAGGUGACGGCCGUGGCCACUCAAGGGCGAGAUGACAAGAACCAGUUUGUGAGAGCCUACACCCUAUCCUCCUCCACCGAUGGCAAACAGUGGUUCCCUUACUACGUGGGCAACACAGUACAGACAUUUGACGGAAACUGGGACUCGGAGACGGUGAGGAAGCACUACCUCAUGAUCCCCAUGAACGUCCGCUUCCUGCGGCUGUGGCCGACAGACUUCCAAAAAAGGAUUGCUCUCAGAUGGGAGGUGUAUGGCUGUCCAGGUCCCAUGUCGGGGGUGGCGAUAGGGUGUUUCACCGAUGUGAAGGAAGACCGGGAUCUGCCCUAUGAACCCCUUAGUGACCCAGCCGCUGGGGUGUGGCCUCCGUCCUGUAUACACCACUGUUACCUCAAGGGUUAUUUCUACGCUGGAAUACAGAACGGAUAUGAGUGUUUCUGCGGCAACUCGUACGGGAAGUACGGCCCCGCCGCCAACUGCUCCAUGCCCUGCUUCCCCCACCCCAACAUGAAGUGUGGCGGCCCCCUGGCCAACUACGUCCACAGUACAGGGCUGUCGUUUGAAAAGGUUUGCCAAGACGGGUGGAAGAGCUAUAAAGAUGACUGCUAUCAAGUGAAUGACCAGAUUGUGACCUGGCAGAAUGCCCGUGCCCAGUGCCUGCGCCAGACCAGUGACUUGGCCUCCAUCAACAGCCAGGAUCAACAGGACUUUGUGUUCUCACUCAUGUCAGAAGCCAAGGAUGACAUGUGGCUCGGUCUCAAUGACCUUCAGGAAAACAUGUUUUACGAGUGGUCAAAUCAGCGUCCGGUCAUGUACACCAACUGGAACGCCAAUGAGCCUAGCAACCAGCCUGGUCGCUAUGAAGACUGUGUUGUGCUCAAGUUCCAGACCGCUGGAUGGCAGGACGAGAACUGUGGCAACAGUUACAAGUACAUAUGUAUGGCGCCCAAGAUGCCCACGACUAUACCCACCAUUGCACCCGUAGUCAACGGAUGUGAGCAGGGCUGGGAUGGAUAUCGGUGGUCCUGCUACAUGUAUGUACGAGAGGCGAGGUCUUGGGAAGAUGCAGCACAUGCUUGUGAAUCAUUUGGAGCAUCCUUGGUCCGGAUUGAUGACAGGUAUGAGCAAGCGUACCUGGCAAGCUCUCUGGGGUCCAAGAAGAACCAGGUGUGGACGGACGUCCGUGACACUGGGAAGUCAGGGGAGUACAAGUACAGUGAUGGUGUCACGCAUGUAUCUGUAACCAACUGGGCACAGAACAAACCAGAUGAGAACGGUCACUGUGUUGUUUUGGGCAGUGGAGUGAAUGCUGGCCUAUGGUACAACACGUUCUGCAACUCCACCCUCGCUGCCAUAUGUGAGCGUAUGCGAGUGGGGUACACGGCCCCAGCUACCCUUCCUCCCACCCCACCCACAAUACCCUGUCCGGCAGGCUGGGUGGAUGGGGGAACCUACUGCUAUCAGGUGAACAACCACCCUAUCAACCUGCAGCUGUCCUGGCAAGACUCCCAGAUGGACUGUCAACGCCAGAAGGCUCACCUUGCCAGCUUCCAUAACGCCUCAACCCUGGACUACGUCUGGAGGAACUAUCUUAUAGGCGAGACUGACCACUUCUGGGUUGGUCUGAGUGUGAUGGACGCAGGGGGAGCCCAUGAAGGCUAUGCGUGGGCUGACAGGAGCCCAGUUGACUUCACUCCGUGGGACAGCAAGGAGCCCGACACACAGGGUGGGAAUGCCCAGUGUGUUGAGGUGAUCAUACAGACUGGCAAGUUCAACGUGCAGGCCUGCUGGCAUCUCAGGAACUGGAUCUGUGGCAUCAAGAAAGGUUUGAUGCCAGUACCUAGAACCACAUUGCCGGUACCCACAUCAGGAGGUGCUUGUCCGCAUCUACCAAACUGGUUGUUAUACAAUGGCUACUGCUACAUGGCUCAGGAUGGUCAAGGGGACGAUGGGAAGACAUGGCGACAAGCACGGACUAUGUGUGCUCAGUUUAAUGCUCAUCUUGUGUCUAUUGGGAACAUCAAUGAACAACUGUUCGUGCAGAAUUUGGUUUCCAAUGUGAGUGACGUCCACGUAUGGAUUGGCCUCAGUGAACUAGACUGGGACAUGGGAUACAGAUGGAGUGAUGGGACACCUGAUGUUAAAUUCAUGAACUGGAACAAAAACGAGCCUAAUGACUUCGGUGGAGCAGAGGCCUGUGGCGACAUGACAGUGUCGAAUGGAAAGUGGAAUGAUGAUCACUGUUCCAUAGUACAGGGCUACGUGUGCAAGUUCAAUACGAACCCAUCCCCACCCACCACCACACCAUCCCCCACCAUGCCCGGUAACUGCCCACCUGGGUUCAAAAACUUCGGCAACAGGUGCUUCCAUGUCAACACAGCUCAGGGGAACCAGCUCAACUGGGCACAGGCUCGUAAGAUGUGCAAAGGUCAAGGUCGUGGGUAUGACCUGGCUAGCAUACGAAAUGCAAGAGAACAAGCCUUUGUGACCACGCUGCUGCUCAACACGGCCACGCCCUUGUGGCUGGGGAUGUACAAGACCCCUGGGUUCGGGGGGUCCCAGAGCCUGCUGUGGGCCUUCAACAAUGACCCCCUGCUGUACACCAACUGGGCAGCCAAGGAACCAAAUGGAGACAUGAAGGAGAGCUGUGUCCAGAUGUACUCCACGACCGCCCAAGCAGGACUGUGGAAUGACAUCAGCUGUGAGGCCAAAAUGGGCUUCCUGUGUGAGACAUGGAGAAAACCUUACAUCACCAUCCCCGAGGCAAUUCCCAACCCCUGCAAACAAGGCUGGCAACCCCUGGGUCAGGACUGCUUCAAACUAGUGACCACACCCAGGACGUGGUCGGAUAGUGAGGCGUUCUGCACUCAACUAGGAGGACGUCUCACCACCAUCAACAGCCUAUAUGAACAGGCUUAUAUGUAUCUCCUAGCAACCAGCAACAGCUCUACCUCGUCGAUGUGGAUUGGUAUGAUGCAAUCACAAAAUCAGACAGGGAAGUAUGUGUGGCCUGACUCUGUGCCUGUCUUGUACACCAACUGGGGGGUGAAUGAACCCUCCCGACGUCCGCAAGGAGGCUGCGUCUCAUUCAACGCCACGACCGGAGCUUGGAGUGAUGACGACUGCUCUAACACAUUGAAGUUCACCUGCCGGAUCACAACAUCCAAGCCGUUGUUCACACCCCCGCCACCCAACGGCCAGUGUCCAGACGACGGAUGGGAGUCCUUCGGUUCCAGCUGCUACUGGUUCCAGGGCUCCAAGCAGCUCACUUUUCCUGCAGCAGUGUUCCAGUGUGAGGAGCACGGAGGCCACCUGGUGGCAGUCCAUGACAACACCACCAACAAAUACCUGUAUUAUCACAUCAAAUAUCAGACAUCAACAAGUGCAUGGAUCGGACUCCACAAGUCAACUGAUUAUGGUUUUGCUUGGCGUGACAACAGCCCUGUGCAGUUCACGAACUGGGCCCCCAACGAGCCGUCCAAGGUGGAUCCCAGUGGGAAACAGGAGCACUGUGUGGAGGUGUUUUCCCAGACUGGUCUGUGGAAUGACGUCAGCUGUGACUCCUCGAGGGGCUUCAUAUGUGAGAAGCCACAAGUUCAAGACACAAGCGUUCAGAACUUUCCCUCCAUCCCAGCCCAAGGAUCCAUAACAGGACCACCUCCAGUAACACUACCUCCACAACUGGUGCCAACAGUACAGACAGCUACAGCCAAGGUCACAACUGUCCCACCAACUGCAGCCAAGGUCACAACUGUCCAGCCAACUGCAGCCAAGGUCAGAACUGUCCAGCCAACCACAAGCAAGGUCAAUGUGCCUCCAGUUCAAGUGACAUCUGCCCCAACAAAAUUCCCAACUCAAGCCCCAACUCUGGGCCCAGGCAAGACCCCUCCAACUAUUCACACAACAGCCAAAAGCAGUCAAUCAUCUGUCACCAGCAAACAGGGCUCGACGGGACCUGCUGUGGGAUCUGGAGGAAUUGCUGCCAUAGUGCUGGGUAUCAUCGUGUUGGCACUGGCUGCAGCCAUAACCAUCUUCAUUGUGAUACGGAGGCGGGGAGGUCACAAAUUCGACUACGACUCUGGAAGUGGAUUCGACAAUUCCAUGUACGACAAAAGUAUUUCCCUGGAAACCUCAGCUUAGGGCAACAUCAAGACAUACAAACAAUCUGCAACAUACUUAAAACAAGAUGCCAUGUUAAUGGGAAAUGUAAAACAUGUUCAUAUAUUAUAUUGUCAACAUGUAAACAACAUCAUAAGGCCAUAAGGUAAAUAGGUAAAUAAGCAUUAUGAUAAAAACCUUUUUGCCUUUGUUUCAUAUCAGCUUUAUUUAAGAGUUACAGGAUAAUAUUUUGUUCUUAAAAAUAUUUGAUAUGCUAAAUUGCAAAAUUAUGAUGUGAUUAGCAAAUCAGAACUUUGGAAAGAAAUACAAAGCAUGAAAACAUAUGCAUUCAGCUUAUUCCACCAGAGCAUGCUGGUGCCUUUCCACAUGCAUCCGAUAAGAACAGGUUUAGUGCAGAACACGUAAUGAUACUUAGAUUCUUUUAUCAAAUAACAUAUAAUAAAUAAUAUAUUUAUUUUUUUGGUUGGUUUCGGGGAAAAGAUAAAAUUCGAAUUUCAAUUUUGUACUGCUACUAAUAAAUGAGAAACAAACAAGUGUUUCCAUGGCAAGACACUGAAAGAUAAUUGAUUGGGUUUUUUUAGGUUUAGAAGAAAAAGAAAUUAUGUCUUUUUCACCUUUUCUUACGAACAGCACUGAUAAAAUCUUGUGGUGCAUUCAUUUCACUUAAUUGUAAAACAGUCAGCCAAAAGAUUUUUUGUCAAAAGUCAUAUUAUUUUUUUCCUAAUUUCAGGAUUUUUUUGCCUGUCAGUCUCGUAAUCAAACUAAAUAUAAUGUAAAAAAACAAAAGCCAGACAUUCUAUUUAUUCUGUAUACUAUUACAGAUAUUCAAUGAUGCCCUCAUUGUGUCACUGAACAUGUCGAAGAACACUGAAAGUAGUUCACAUAAAGUGUUAUUUCAUCGGGUGAGACAUCAGUUGUAAUUUUUCAAAUAAAUACAGCAUUUCAUCACUAAAUAUGUAAUAAGGUAUCUGUAUUUGAUUCAGAAGUGACUUAAUUAACCAACUGCCUUAACCAAGCCCCAUUAACCAGGGUGAAUAGGUGAUCAACAGAUACGUUCUUUUGAUCUGUAUAAUUCUAACACGUGACAUUUAUCCAUGUAUCAAUGGUUCCAGAUGCAUUUUUUUAAACUAUCAAGGUUUUUCUUACUGCAUCUUUCAUAUUUUCUUGCUGCUGGACAUUGGUCAGUCUACAUGAUGGUCAGUUGCACUGUAUGGAGUUUAUUGGAUAUCUGUAUUCAUUCUGAAAUUUGACCUCAAUAAUAUCUCACAUUGGUGGAAGUCAAAAUGGGGUUGUGUGUUGUGUCAGAUGUUCUGAUUGGACAGUCAUGUUUUAAAUGUUUAACCAAGUGCUAUUUAGGGGCCCAUCGUUUUAUCAUCUGUUCCCAAAAAUGACAGAAAAAAAGCUUGCCUUUGUUUUUACACACACAUCCCCCCCCCCC